AUGGAAGAGGAUUUCCCACAAAGCUCGGAUGGCCUAGAGAAAUACAGAGUCACCCGGCUUCCAGAUACUGCAUAUUAUAUCUCUGAUUUUCUUUCAGAGGACGAAGAAAAGAUAAUUUUAAGCAAGGUAGUAUCAGUGCCGGCUCCGAAAUGGACACAUCUAUCACGGCGGCGGUUGCAGACAUGGCCCUCUGCGCUCAGUAAAUCCAAUACCCUACUAGCUUCACCGCUCCCAGGCUGGCUGGAAUCCCCUAUCGCCUCUCGAUUUCGAGAUAUGGAGAUCUUUACCGACUCUCCUCAUAAAUCUCCCAACCAUGUGCUUAUCAAUGAAUAUCGACCAGGCCAGGGCAUCAUGCCUCAUGAAGACGGUGCAGCAUACUACCCGAUCGUUGCGACAGUAAGUCUAGCGGCGCCAAUCAUCCUAGACAUAUAUGAUAAGCGACAGAGCGAUCUAUCAGUGGAGAUGGAAGAGGCGGUGAGUGGACAGCGUCUUCCACGGUAUAGGAUUUUACAAGAGAGGCGAAGUCUGCUGGUUACCACUGGGAGCCUAUAUUCUGAUUAUUUGCACGGGAUUGCGGAGAGACUGUCUGACGACGAACUUGGGCCGGAAACAAUAUGUAACUGGGGCAACUUAGGUGACAGCCACCUCUUCGAGACGGGGAAAUAUGAGAGGCAGACACGAGUCAGCUUGACCUACAGGGAUGUGCUGAAGGUAUCAAAGCUUGGAAACAGUAUAAAAUUUUUGAGCAAGUGA